CCGGAGCAAGCCGGGCACCAGCUCAUCUCCCUCCAAGGGGCAGAGCGAGGCAGGCGGAGACUGAUGCCAGACCGCGGCUCUGCCACUGGCUUCGCGUGCGACCGAGGGCCCAGUUUCCUCACUGUGAGCGGAGGUGGUGGCCGCACGCUGCCCCAACCCGGGUGCUGAGCGAAGGUACAGAGGGUGGGCGGGGAGCCAGCACCUCCCGGGCACAGCUGGGCUCUGCUGGACUUACCGUCGGUUAUCUGGGUCCUGGGGGUCCUCUAAAGCCACUGCCUGCCAGCCUCCACGUCCCCUGAGCCACGGCACCGUGGCCGAGGUCUCACUGGCUGCGCUCUGCCGCGGCCCCUCUGCAGCCUUUGAGCCUCGGUUUACUCAUCUGUACAGAGGGGCUCAUGCUCUCCGUGCCCCCCCCCCCCGACAAGGCUGGGGGGGGGGAUCCAGUCACAGACGGACCGUGCGGGGGGAAGGGCCCACGGGUCAGCUACCCACCACCGUGGUCCCCGGCACAUGGUGGCCCCGCCAGGCUCCAGGGGGUAGUGUGAGCCCUGGUCAUCGCAGUCUUUAGGCCCCCACUUGGCCCCUAUAAGUGAGGACAACAGCGGCCACGCCAUGGGACCGUGGAGAGGACUACCUGAGACCCUGCACACAGAGUGGCUGAGCAGAUUUGGCUACCUGCCCCCAGCCGGCCCCACAACGGGCCAGCUGCAGACACAGGAGGAGCUGUCCAAGGCCAUCGCCGCCAUGCAGCGGUUCGGGGGCCUGGAGACCACCGGCAUCCUAGACGAGGCCACCCUGGCGCUGAUGAAAACCCCUCGGUGUUCCCUCCCCGACCUCCCAGCUGCGGCCCCGGCCCGAAGGAGGCGCCAGGCUCUGGCUCCCGCCACGUGGAACAGGAGGAGCCUGUCGUGGAGGGUCCGCACGUUCCCGCGGGACUCGCCCCUGGGCCGGGACACCGUGCGCGCCCUCAUGCACUACGCCCUCAAAGUCUGGAGCGACAUCACACCCCUCAACUUCCACGAGGUGGCGGGCAGUGCCGCAGACAUCCAGAUCGACUUCUCCAAGGCCGACCACAACGACGCCUACCCCUUCGACGGCCCGGGCGGCGCGGUGGCCCACGCCUUCCUCCCCGGCGACCAGCUCUCCGCGGGGGAUGCCCACUUCGAUGACGAUGAGUCCUGGGCCUUCCGCUCCCCAGACACCCACGACAUGGACCUGUUCGCGGUGGCCGUCCAUGAGUUUGGCCACGCCGUUGGGCUGAGCCACGUGGCGGCCACGAGCUCCAUCAUGCAGCCGUACUACCAGGGCCCCGUGGGCGACCCUCUACACUACAGGCUCCCCUACGAGGACAGGGUGCGCGUCUGGCAGCUGUACGGCGUGCGGGAGUCCGUGUCCCCCACGGCACAGCCGGACACCCCAGAGCCCGAGGAGCCUCCCCUCCCGCCAGAGCCCCCCAACAACCGGUCCGGCACCCCACCCAGGAAGGACGUGCCUCUCCGCUGCAGCACUGACUUUGACGCGGUGGCCCAGAUCCGCGGCGAGGCCUUUUUCUUCAAAGGCAGGUACUUCUGGCGGCUGACCCGGGACGGGCACCUGGUGUCGCUGCAGCCCGCGCAGAUGCACCGCUUCUGGCGGGGCCUCCCGCUGCACCUGGACGGCGUGGACGCCGUGUUCGAGCGCACCAGCGACCACAAGAUCGUCUUCUUCAAAGGAGACAGAUACUGGGUAUUUAAGGACAAUAACGUAGAGGAAGGAUACCCGCGGCCCGUCUCAGACUUCGGCCUCCCGCCGGGCGGCGUCGACGCUGCCUUCUCCUGGGCCCACAAUGACAAGACUUAUUUCUUUAAGGACCAGCUGUACUGGCGCUUUGAUGAGCACACACGGCGCAUGGACCCCGGCCACCCCGCCCGGAGCCCCCCGUGGAGGGGCAUCCCCAGCACGCUCGACGACGCCAUGCGCUGGUCCGACGGUGCUGCCUACUUCUUCCGUGGCAAGGAGUACUGGAAGGUGGUGGAAGGCGAGCUGGAGGCGGCACCCGGGUACCCGCGGUCCACAGCGCAGGACUGGCUGGUCUGCACAGACCCACAGGCAGACCCGGAGGGCGAGGACGGAGAGGCCGGGGCCCAUGCCCGGCCAGGACAGCGCGGCCAGAGCCGCUCAGAGGACGGCUUCGAGGUCUGCUCCUGCACCUCCCCCGCCUCCCCUCCCCCGGGGGCCUCGGGCCCUCUGCUGGCGGCCACGCUCCUGCUGCCCCUGAUUGCGCUGCGGUCGACGGCCCCCGGCACUCUGACAGCCGCCGGCCUGUGGUGACAGGGCCGAUGGGUCGCAGUGGGCCUCAGGGCAAGGACCAGCACCCCCACCCCUCCAGUGCCCGGACCCACAGUUCCUCAGUGGCCCCGGCCUUGCAGAUCCAGACGCACUGCCGGCCCUGAGCAGCGGCCUGGCCGUGCCCCUGCGGACUGGCAGGAGGCCAGCAGAGGGCGCCGCCCCCCGGGCAGCUCAGCAGCAGAAGAGCAGAAAAGCAACCUACCACCUGUCCUUCCUUUUCUGCCACGAAGUGGCCUGACUGCCAUCUGUGAGUUGGGGACACUCUGUCAAGGCCGGGCUGGGGACAGGAAGCGUCCCUGCAGCGAGCAGGCAGCUGGAUCGCACAGAACUCAGCUGAUGAGCCAGGGGACGCAGGCCUGGGGACGGGAGGGCAUUCGGUGGCCACGCUGCCCCCAGCCCCACCGGCCAGCACCACCAGCCCCGUCUGUCGUCCAUACUGCUGCCCCUGGUGCUCCCGCCCACGGGGGCUUUUGUCCCCAGUCCCUGCGGGCCUGCAGCUGCCUGCACAGGGAAGCAGAGGAGUCCCCCAAGCUGGGGUCUCUUGAUGCAUUUCAAACAAACACGACCUUUCCCUGCUCCGUAA